AUGCCCGAGACGGGAGCGGCAGCAGCCGCUGCAUCCUCAAGUAACAGCUCCACCGACACCGAGAGCUCGCGACACAGACACCGAUCUCAAGGCGAAGGGGAAAAGACUGAUCAAAGUACAGCUCCUCAGCAAACAUCCGCCGGUGUAUUGGACAAACUGUUUGGGAAGCGUCUCCUUCAGGCCGGCCGGUAUAUAAUGUCUCAUAAAUCCUGGAUGAAGACAGUGCCCACAGAAAACUGUGAUGUCCUCAUGACAUUUGCAGACAGUACAGAUGACCAUACGUUACUCUGGUUGCUUAACCGCAUUCGCCUCGGCAUUCCAGAACUCAUCAUCCAGAUCCGACACCACAAACACACGAGGGUCUACGCUUUCUUUGUCACGGCCACAUAUGAAAAUCUGUUACGGGGUGCAGAGGAGAUGGGGUUAAGAAAAGCUGUUAAACCAGAAUUUGGGGGAGGCACUCGUUCUUUCUCUUGUGAGGAAGACUAUAUCUAUGAAAAUAUAGAGAGUGAACUCUGUUUCUUCACAUCACAGGAGCGCCAGAGCAUAAUCAAAUACUGGCUAGACAAUCUGAGAGCUAAGCAAGGAGAAGUCCUUCACAACAUCAACUUCCUUGAGGGGCAGCCAAUCAUUCCUGAGUUAAAGGCACGAGGUGUGAUCCAGCAGGUCUUUCCUCUACAUGAGCAGAGGAUUCUGGGACAGCUGAUGAAGUCGUGGGUUCAGGCAGUGUGUGAAAAGCAGCCACUGGAUGAUAUUUGUGAUUAUUUUGGUGUGAAGAUCGCCAUGUAUUUUGCCUGGCUGGGCUUCUACACCACAUCCAUGUUGUAUCCUGCCGUCAUUGGCUUUGUACUCUGGAUGCUUACUGAAUCCGAUCAGACAAGCCGAGAUAUCUGCUGUGUAGUGUUUGCCCUCUUUAAUGUGGUUUGGGCGACCCUGUUCCUGGAGAGAUGGAAGCGAAGAGGGGCGGAGCUGGCGUAUAAAUGGGGCACACUGGACACCCCAGCUGAGUCCCUGGAGGAGCCCCGACCUCAGUUUCGGGGUGUGAAGCGUUGCAGCCCAGUUACCGGCUGUGAGGAAUUUUACUAUCCUCCAUGGAGACGGAGGUUGUUCCGGUGGUUGGUCAGCCUUCCCGUCUGUAUCUUAUGCCUUUGUUUUGUCUUCCUGGCCAUGCUGAUCUGCUUUGAACUGCAGGAAUUUGUGAUGGGGAUUAAGGAAUUGCCGCGAGCGGCGCGGUUCAUCCCUAAGAUUAUGUUGGCCAUCACUGUGACAGCGUGUGAUGAGGUGUACAGGAAAAUCGCCUGCUGGCUUAAUGACAUGGAAAACUACAGACUUCAGAGUGCCUAUGAGAAAAAUCUCAUCAUCAAAAUGGUUCUUUUUCAGUUUGUAAAUUCUUACCUCAGCCUUUUCUACAUUGGUUUCUACCUCAAAGACAUGGAGCGUCUAAAGGAGAUGUUGGCCACACUGCUGAUCAUCAGGCAGUUCCUGCAGAACGUGAAGGAGGUUCUGCAGCCCUACCUGUACGAGAGGCACAGGCUGGGAGAGCUCACUCUGAGGGCCGUGUGGGAACUGCUUGUCUCAGCUCUGUUAAAAUACGGUCGCCUGGCAGCCGGCAGGGCGCAGGUUUCCCCUAGCGACCCCGGAAUGCCAGGCCCGGGGCUGCGUGGCACGCGGAGGGGUAUCGGUCUCGCCGAGCGAGGCGAGAGGAAGUGCUUGAACGGAGGCUGCGGGGUUCCGGACGAGGAGCAGGAGGAACGCGAGGAGCACGGCGGGAGGCAGACAGAGGACGAGAACGAGGAGGAGAGCACCGUAGACUGCGGGCUCAAACUCAGGAAGGUCAGCUUCAUCGAGAAGGUGGAGAGGAAGUCUGCGUCCUGUGUGAGCCCCAUGGAAGAUAACUUUCUGGAAGAGGGAAGCCCCACCAUGGUGGAGAAAGGCAUGGAUCCCUCUUCAGUCUUCGAGUUGUGUGACGAUGACGAGGACAACAACGGGCUUCCAGACACCAAAGAGCUCAACGCAGACCCUCUUCCCGUCGGCCCAGAGAACGCUGCAACCACGCGCCACAGAAAGAGGGGGCGCAGCCUGGAGAGGACAGACAGCAAGACCAAGAGGGAUUCCUGGAUGGACCCUCCAGAGGAACAGGAAAGCACCACGCUCACCCAGGCUGAGAUAGAGAGCUGCAUGCAGACGUAUGAGGACACUUUCCAGGACUACCAGGAGAUGUUUAUACAGUUUGGUUACGUGGUGCUUUUCUCCUCUGCCUUCCCAUUGGCUGCCAUGUGUGCCCUCAUUAACAACAUCAUCGAGAUUCGUAGCGACGCCUUUAAACUGUGCACAGGCCUUCAGAGACCCUUCGGCAUACGUGUGGAGAGCAUCGGACAGUGGCAGACGGCGAUGGAAGCUAUGGGUCUGAUUGCAAUCAUCGUAAACUGUUACCUGAUUGGCCAGUGCGGACAGCUCCAACGACUUUUCCCAUGGCUCAGUCCCGAAAUGGCUAUUAUAUCCAUCGUCAUCUUAGAGCACUUUGCUAUUCUGCUAAAGUAUGUCAUUCAUGUGGCCAUUCCUGACAUUCCCAGCUGGGUGCAAGAGGAGAUGGCCAAACUGGAAUUUCAACGCAGGGAGGCCUUCAAGAAACAUGAGAGACAAGCCCAGCAGCACUUUCAGCAGCAGCAGCGUCGGAAACGUGAGGAAGAGGAGCGGCAACGGCAGGCCGAAUGCCAAGCUCGACGCGGGCGCGACGACGGUCGCUCGGACUCCGCCGGCGGAGACCACCACCACGAAAAAGGGCAAGGGGGCAAAUCCAGAGGAAGCGGUGGAGGAGGUGGAGGAGGAGGAGGAGGAAGCGGAGGAGGAAUGAGCGGAGAAAAACCUAAAAGACCCAGCUCACUGCUGGCCAACAACAACGUGCUGAAACUCAAACAAAUCAUCCCCUUGCAAAGCAAAUUCUCUUCAGGCACCGCUCGGUCACCCCAGUCACCCACAGGCAGCGAACCCAAACUCCCAGGAUUCCUUAGCUUCAAGUUCCUCAAAUCUCCCGAGAAUAAGAAAGAAGCAGCCGCUGCCGCAGCUGCAGCUGCAGCUGCAGCUGCAGCCGCCGGCUCCACGAGCUCCAGUAGCACGGCAGCUCCCAGUGCCGAGAGAUCCCAGUCCCCCAGCAAAUCCUUCAACCCCGGCAAACUCUUUAAUUUCGGAAAAUCGGAAGGGGGCGCAUGCGUGAAUGAUUCCACGCUACCCCAGGAGAGGCAGCCAUCCAAGGCAGACCUGAACGGAGUGCCUGAGGAAAUUCCUUCUCCCGGAGCAGAAAACGGGGAGAACGGACACGUGUCGGACUCCGAGUCUGGAGGUCCUAAGAUCUAA